AUGUUGUUGGAUGACUCAAUCGCUCUCACAGAGCAACUGGACGAGGUCCAACACCAUCGCGACAAAGGCAAAGGAAAACAUCGAGCUGAUAACUUACCUUAUAAGAAGGUUGCAAUUUCAAUGAUUUAUGAAAUAGCGCACAGGGUCUUUGCUGCCGCAAAGCGUUCUCGAGACAUCGCCCAAGAAAUCCGACCUAAUACUGGAGAAGGAGAACCCGAAGCUGCAGAGAAAAGGCAGCUAAAAAUGCAGACCACUGUGGAUAAUUCUAAGCUGGAGAGCGAUGACAACGUUGUCUAUCGGCUUUCCUCUAGACCAAGGCUCGCCAUAUCUAGCCGGCUCGAGAACAUGGAGCGAGAGAAAGAAGCCGGGCCUUCCAUGACUGAUGAGCAGCGGCAUGAGAAACUGACAAACGACGUGCUAGGGCUCGAAACUUGUUGUGUCUGCGGUGAUGAUUUCCUCCCAAUUAAGAUUCAUCGCUUGCAGUGUGACCAUAUUUACUGUCAUGACUGUCUUAGACAGUAUUUCGUGAAGGCUAUGUCGGACAAAAGCAUUUUCCCACCAAAAAUUCUGUGA